AGGGCUGCAUUGGCACAAACUGUGAGGUGUGGCGCGUUAUCCUCUGAACACAUCGUUUACCCAUGAACACUGCAUACCAAAGGAAAGUCCCGGAUAAGAAAAUGCAACACUGCCAUGCUCACAUCUCUUCCUCAAAGUGUGAAGCUGCUUGAAUAACCUGGAGUGAGUGUGGGAUGACAGUGUCUACCCACAAUGGAGCAAAUCAGUAAGUGCACUGAGGCAGAGGACUCUCCAUCAACACCAUGGUCUGCCAGCAAGAGUGAAUGUCAUCAGACUGAUGCAAGUGAUAAAGUGCCCUGCCCUCCUUUGAAGACAACAGUCUGUCAUGUCAGCAGCCAGCUAGUGUCUCCUGCAGGUGAAGAGGAGAGCUGCAUCGGGAUUCAUUGCAGGGACGAAGAAAAUGUGCCAGAGACAAUGGGCAUAAACUUCUCAACCCCAGGAGCGCAAAACAUAAUCCAUGAGCCUACGCGCUCAAAGACACAACUGGAGAUCUUAUUGGAGGUUCUGGGAUUGGAGCAGCACUACACAGAGAAGCUAUCCCUGAGCAGAAUACUGUGGAUUGAUGAGAAGAGUGUUACUGAUGAACCUGCCAAGUGCCAUUCAGAUCUUCCAUGGUAUUUUCUGAAGAAACUGAUGAUGGUUAAUGUGACAGCUAGGAGUAUGAAAUGUACAGCUGCAUGUGAGUCAAACUGUGAUGAGCUGUCAGGGAAUACAGAGUUAGAGCUUGAUGAUCUGCUCGUCAGUCAACAUUCAGAUGACAUGUUAAACCCCCUUGACAUAAUCACUGCUCUCUUUCUGUGUUCUGAUGCUUUUGUGCAACAGGAAAUGGCACUCAAAAUGUCUAUGUGUCAGUUUUCUGUGCCUCUGUUGCUUCCCAAUUGUGACACAAAGCAGUGCACACUCAUGCUUUGGGCCAUGAGAGACAUCGUUAAAAAGUACAGACCUCAGUCACUUUCAGAGUCCAAGGGCUUCAUUGAACAAAGAAUUGUUCUCUCUGAACUUCCAAUGAUAUCUUUUGUGAGACUGGGUGAGUGCUCCCUGUCCAAGUCAGAGAUCCUCAAUAAGCUUCUGAGCAAUUCUCAGCAGUACCAUGAUACCUUUGUUCAUCAUGAUAUGGAGUGUGGUGACAGUCCAAGGAGAAUAUCCAAUGGACUGGUUGAAAUGACUUGGUACCUUCCUUGUGGGAACAAAAACAUGGAUAUUUUCAGUGAGCCAGUAGCUGUAGCUAACCUUCGUGGAGACAUUGCUUCAUUUGAAACACAGUUUUCUUUUUUGUGUCAGACAUCAGCAGCAGUUUUUGUGUUCUUUGACAAUUUGGACUCUGAGUGCGAGCUGCUCACCAACCAACACCACAAGGCACAGAUCUUUUUGGUAGGUAACCAUCAAAGUAAGCACUUCAGUGUUGAUGCUGUGAAAGAGGUUGCAACCAAGUUAGGCUUGACUAAAAGCAACAUCAUUUUAAAGACUAAGCAAAUGAAUGGUGCAGACUUUGUCAAAAAAUUGCAGAGAACAGUCAACAAUGUAGUUGAGAACUCAAAGAUGAAGAUGCAGAUUGAGCAGAUGGCUGACAUUGCCUAUGAACUGGGAAUCUUGGUUGAUGAGGACUCUUCAGAGUGCCAGACUGCCAAGAAAAAUGCAGAUGCCAUUACUGCAGAAAUUCAAGACAUCCUUAAAUACAAAGACACUCAGCUACCCUUGCAAGGCCAAAUAUGGAAGGAACUGACUCGCUUGGAGAAGGAACAAUUUCGGCUUCGAAAUGUUGGGUCCCAGAAUGUAGAAAAGUACAAAAGUGACCUUGAGAUACAGAAAACAGAACUUAGGGAUAAACAGAACUCUUGUGACAUGUCAAAUGCAAUGACAUGUUUUAUCAAUGCAAUAACAAGCCCAGGGAUAGAGAGGUGCUAUUUCCUGAAAUGGAUGCGAAUGAACCUUGAUAACCUGUCUCGAGAAAAACUGUCUGGCCUUCGGGAGCAGUACAAAAAGAAAUGCAAGAGUUCUGAGAACAAAGAGGAGAUCAAAGAAAUUGACAGGCACCUCUCUGACAGCUCACUGGGGACUGAACACUUCUUCCGUGAAAUGGGUCAGAUCUAUGAGGCUUCACUGUCCCUCCCAGAAACAGACCCAUCACGUAAGCAGUUUCAACAUCUGCCCAAACUAUGUGCAGAAUUGUUACUUGAUGGAUUUCCCCUUGAGUUUGUAGAUGGAGAUGCCUCCAACAUACCUCUCAGAUGGGUGAGUGACGUCCUCUCUCAGCUCAAUGGCUUGGUGUCUCCUAAGAACAAGAUACUGGUGGUCACAGUUCUUGGAGUUCAGAGCACAGGAAAGUCUACUCUCCUCAACACCAUGUUUGGAGUGCAGUUUGCAGUCGGCAGUGGUCGAUGCACUCAAGGUGCCUUUAUGUUGCUCAUCAGAAUCAGUGAAGAUGUUCAAAAAGUCCUCAACUGUGACUUCAUGGUGAUCAUUGACACUGAGGGCUUAAAGUCACCAGAGCUUGCACAACUGGAUAAUAGCCAUGAGCACGACAAUGAGCUUGCAACACUUGUUGUGGGGCUGAGUGAUAUCACCAUCAUCAAUAUCGCAAUGGAGAAUUCAACAGAAAUGAAAGACAUCCUACAAAUAGUUGUGCAUGCUUUUCUCAGGAUGACAGAGGUGGGCAAAAAGCCCAAAUGUCAGUUUGUCCACCAGAAUGUGUCGGAUGUUUCAGCUCAUGAGAAGAACUCAAAAGACAGGAAACUGCUCUUGCAACAGUUAAAUGAGAUGACCCAGGCAGCAGCCAAAAUGGAAAAGAAAGAGGAGAAAAUGAGCUUCAGUGAUGUGAUGGAGUACAGUCCAGACACUGGGAACUGGUACAUUCCUGGACUGUGGAAUGGAAACCCACCAAUGGCACCAGUCAAUGCAGGGUACAGCGAAGCUGUAUAUGAGCUCAAGAAAAAUGUCAUCCAAAUUUUGGGACGUUGUGAGUCAUCUGCUAACAAUAUCUGGGAGUUUACAGAGUGGAUGAAAAACCUGUGGAAUGCAGUAAAGCAUGAAAACUUCAUCUUCAGCUUCAGAAACAGCCUGGUGGCUGAUGCAUACAUGAGGCUGUGCACAGAAUUCAACAAAUGGGAAUGGGAAUUCAAAAAAGAAAUGUACACAUGGGUUACAAAUGCUGAGACAAGAAUUUCCAAUUUUGGCAUAUUUGCUGUGGAAUCUGAGACACCUGAUAUGAAACAAUUUCUUGACCAUUUGAAAAGUGAAGUGUGCACAGUGCUGACGGAAUGGGAGACAAAGCUUCUUGAUAAUUUGUCACAGUACUUCAAGCAAACAGAGGGUCACGUCUAUCUAGUUGAAGGAUACAGAGAAGACUUUGCAAACAGUGCAAAGACCCUUCGACGAGAAAUGGAGAGCUCUGUGUUUAAUCAACUCACAGCAACAGCUGACAUCAGACAGGGAAUGGCAGAACUUGAUAAAAUCAAAGAGAAUCACGCAAAAGAAUUAGAGGGCAGAGUGUGUGCACUGAUUGAAGAAUGUCGGGGGAAAAAUGUGGAGAUGACAGAUGAAGACUUGGACGAAGAAUUUGAUGAGAUGUGGAACAGAAUGGUGAAGGAACUCUCCUUCUCUAAGCAAAAGCCUGCUGAUGUCUUUGCAAGGGUGUACCACUACCUGAGAGAAAAUCUCAGACGUAAGGGAAGCCAUGUCUGUCAGUUGUUAAGUGAAAAAAGCCUGACAGAAUGUGGACUUGUUCCUUUCAAAUAUACUGCAGAAGGAUUCUUCAACCAGUGGAAACACAGAAUCACCAAGUUCUUCAACAUUGAAGAUCACAUAAAGACCGUACAGCAAAUGGCUGACAGUAUCAUAGCAGAUUGCAAACAGUUUGUGACUGGAAAAGUGGGAAGAAAAAGCAAUUACCAUGACACUUACAUUCAGGAGAUCCUCCACAUGAUUGACGAGAAGCUGCAAAACAAUAAGGAUAUGAAGACGGAGAUUGAGUUUGAAGUUUCUCUGAAACAGCACAUCUGUGGAGUCACAGCCAGACAGUUUCAGAAAAUGCAUGAAGAUUUCAUACAUGAGAAUGAUCCCUACAGAUGUCUGAAUGAAAACAAAGAUAGGUUUCGCACUGAUUUUAAAGACUUGUUCCAUGAACGAGACCAGUGCCAGAAGAAGGCAGAAGAAUUCACAAACCGCUGCCUGAAGCCUGCAGUCGAAGACUUUGUCAAGCGUUCCUUGGGUCCUGAUAUCAUUGGUGAAAUGAUGACAAGCCAGCAGUUCAGCACACGAAUGUUCUUCCAAUAUUCACUUUUACUGGAUUUGCUCACAAAGGAUGACUUUGAAAACUAUCUAGACUAUAUUCUCUCAUAUGAGCCUUAUGCAAGGAAACAGAUCCUCGACCAAAUAGUAGAACGCUUCUCAGAAGGGUCUACGAUGUUUGAGGAUAAACAUGUUCAGUCAAGCAUCAGGAACAUAACUAAUGCUAUCAACAAAGCUAAAACCAAAAAGACUGGCAACUUGAAGACAUUUGUUGAGGAUAUCUGCAAGGAACUUGGUGAUAAACUGGUCAUUCCUCAGGAUGCACUUGGUGCUUUCAUGAUCCUGAUUAAUGCCGACCCGGAGCAGUUUGCUCACUGGCUCACAAAGUGUGUGAAUGAGAUGGCACCACCUCUUCAAGAGAAGUUUAAAAACACAAGCAUCGACAACAAACUAUUAAAUCUUCAUGUGAUGCCUCACGAGGAGCUUUUCACUAAACUGAUUGGAUGUGGUAAACACUGUCCAUUCUGCAAAGCUCCUUGUGAGGCAGAAGGAAAAAAACACACUGAGCACUGGACGUCACUACAUCGGCCAGAGGCUCUGGGUGAAUUCAGAUGGUACUGGGAAAAUAAACUUGUCACUGACAUGUGCUCUUCCUUGGUGAUCAGUAGGAAAAGUUUCUGCUGCAGUGCUACUGAAGGUAAAUGGCACCGUUACAAGCGUUACAGAGAGAUUUUCCCUGACUGGAAAAUUGUUCCAGAUGCAAACCUUCAGGCGUCAGACUACUGGAAAUAUGUAAUGACAAAGUUCAACAAAGAGUUUGCUGCAGAAUUCAACACAAAGCCUGCUGAUAUUCCUAAAGCUUGGAGAAAUAUCACACGUGAGCAGGCAGGAAAGAGUCUCAAAGAGUCAUUUCAUAUCAAGUGAGAGAGUACUUACAUUGUCCUCACUUGCUUUAAGUGCGCACAUGUACAUGUUCUCCUUACUUGUUUUACAUGAUAUAGAAGGGAAUCACGGGCGGCACGGUGGUGUGGUGGUUAGCACUCUCGCCUCACAGCGAGAGGGUUGCCGGUUCGAUCCCGAGCGUGGGAGCCCUUCUGUGCGGAGUUUGCACGUUCUCCCCGUGUCAGCGUGGGUUCUCUCCGGCUUCCUCCCACAGUCCAAAGACAUGCAGAUUGGGGACUAGGUUAAUUGGUGACUCUAAAUUGUCUGUAGGUGUUAAUGUGAGCGUGAAUGGUUGUUUGUCUCUAUGUGUCAGCCCUGCGAUAGUCUGGCGACCUGUCCAGGGUGUACCCUGCCUCUCGCGACCCACAAGAGGAUGAAGCGGUUAGAAGAAGAAGGGAAUCACAAAUAGUUUAGGGGUAAGAUGACAAGGUUGAAGAUAUUGUUAGUACACUGGUAUUUUACCACAGCAGCUUGUAACACGGACACUGGAGAAAAACAUUGCAUUUAGUGCUCACCUUUACCUGAGAUUGCGAUUUCUGUGUUUUAUAAAAACACUCUGCUUCAAGUCUGUUUUAUGUUGAUGAGGACACUUUAAAAUACUUUAUGAAAUUUUGAGUCAGUGUACAUGUUAGGCAGCACAUGUUAAAAACAUACAAAAUGUUUUUGAGUUAAAUCAGAAUGUAUGAUGUUUUUGUGACAGAUGAAUGUUAUACAGUUAAUGAAGUGACACACAGUUAAUCAAAUACGAUAUAUGUGAUCUUUUAGUGAAAGUUUUUGUUUCUGUGCAGUCUUCAUGUGGUAUUGUCAUAACAAGACAGAAUGUUUUAUCUGAUUAAGUAUGAUAUGUGAUUGUUCAUGUAAAGUUAGAUUCUCUGAAGUAUUGUUUCUGUGCAGUAUCUGCUGCAAAAUAUUUACAUUUCCAAUGUAUUAAAAGAUUAUUCAGUCUAUAUGUCAGUAUUAAGGUUUUCAUGGCAAAGUUUUUUUCUUAUCUAACCGAGUAAACUGUGUUAGUUGCUCAACUCAAAAUUUUAUGUGCCUUUGUUUUUUUCUUAUAUUUAAGUCCAAAUUGUAAAUUUUUAAGUGUAUAUGAUCUUUUCAUCUAAAUUUAGAAUGUUUGUGUUUGUUUCUGUGAAGUAUCUGAUGCCACAUAUUUGCAUUUUCACCAAUUAUAAGAUCAUUCCGUCUAUAUUUGGUAUUGUCAACAUGUAGUCCACUGUAUACAUGACUGUAUUUACAUGCAAGUUUGUUUUAAGCAUAUCAAGUAUACGUAAUCUUUUUUUCAUUCCGAAUUCAGAAUCUCUGUUUAUUUGUUUUUGUUUCAGUUAAGUAUCUGAUUCCACAUCUUUACAGUUUAGAAAUAGCAUUGAUUUUAUUGUCAACAUUUAUACAUGACAGAGACUUUGUUCUAAGCCUGUGGUCUUUCUUUAACUCUGAAUUGAAAAUGUAAUGCCAUAUAUUGCAUUCUGAAGGAAUUUAAAAGACCAGUCAUUCUAUAGUCAAUUUGCUAUUGUCAUCAUGAAUACAUUAUUUACUUAUGUUAACUGUUUCAAUAAGGAGACAAAAUGGCAGACUGGUUAUAUUCUUUAAUGUUUCAACUCAUGUCUUGGGCUUCUGAAUUCAAUAAAGAAUGGAACAAGA